AUGGACCACGCCAGACCCCUUCUUCCCCGGUCCCACGAAAGCGAGCCGUUGACUCACCACCACCAUGGCCGCUACGAGGAAGGGGUGAGCUCCGAGAAGGUCUCGCCCGCAGACGGGUCGCGGGACAAGAUCAAGUGCCUCGACGGCCUCCGCGGCGUUGCCUGCUUCCUCGUCUUCAACUAUCACUUCCUGUGGCCAUGGACGCCGCUGAUCAUGCUCGGAUAUGGGGCGAGGCCGCCCCGUACCCUCGAGCCCUACGACCACUGGUCUCAGCUCCCCAUCAUAUGCCUGCUCUACCGCGGCCGGCCCAUGGUUGCUAUCUUCUUCGCCAUAUCGGGCUACGUCAUCUGCCGCCACAUCUUGAGGUCUCUGCACCAACGGCGGAUAGAUAGUACUUACAAGCUACUGGGCUCGGCUAUAUUUCGACGAACUUUCCGCCUGUACAUACCCGCGAUUAUCAGCAUGUUCGCCGUUGCCAUGCUCGCCCAGACGGGCGCCUUCAAGUCGGAAACGGACAUUUUCAAAGGGCACGACUCGGUCUACAUUAACGGCACUAUUGGGACAUACUACGGCAAUGUCAAUGCUUCCGCGCUUUCGGGGAAGGACGAGACCAUCAACGAGCAUGGGACGACCUCGAUCUAUAUGGGCACUAUGAGGAAUACUCUGGGUUUCAAGAAAACUUUGGGGCUCGGACCGACUGUGGACGCUGCCGAUAUUCGGAACGGCACUGACAUAUUGAACGGCACAGUGAUUUGGGACGGUACCGAUGUCUGGAACGACACUCUGCCUCUGAACAGCACGGCGUGCAAUCAAUGCCUCUGGGUAAAGCUCGGGGGUAUGUGGGAGGAGCAUCCCAUCAUCUACCCCGACAUGAUGAGUGCGCUGCAGAACUUCGCCGUCGUCGUCUCCGAAUGGGCCAAUCCUUUCACGUUCAACGGCUACUUUCCGCGUUACGAUCCCCAUACGUACACGAUGCCCAUGGAGUUGCGCGGUUCGGUAAUUCUGUACACCCUCCUGCUCGGCACCGCGGCCCUGAAAGCAGGGUGGCGUCUGGCCAUUGCAGUGUCUCUGGCCAUAUACACCCUGAGAAUGGGUCGAUGGGAAGUUGCCAUUUUCAUAGGCGGCAUGGUCCUCUCCGAGGUCGACGUCCUAAGCUCCGCGGAUCCCAGCGAGUUAGCCGAGGCCGACAGGAUCUUCCUGCCGGAAGGCAGGAAGCGCGGCGGGCGUUUAGCGACGUGGCCUGCCAGGCUGCUCCGCUACGCGCUUCUCGUGGUAGCUCUUUACCUCCUGUCGUACCCUGACGCCCACGCUAAAUAUACCCCCGGCUUCCGGCUCCUCGCCUCCUUGGCGCCGAAGUACUACUCCUGGGACGAUAAAUGGCGCUUCUACCACUCCAUCGGGGCCCUGAUCCUGCUCCCGUGCGUCCUGCGCAGCACCAACCUGCGCUGGCUCCUCGAGACCGAGCCAGCGCAGUAUCUCGGUCGCAUCAGCUUCUCGUUCUACCUGAUCCACGGCCCCGUGCUGCACAGUCUCGGGUUCUUCCUCAUGCCGCGGCUGUUCGAGCGCGUGGGCCGGGCCCCGGCGUUCCUGGUCGGAUGGGCCACCUUGGCGGUUGUUAGCUUGGCUUUGGCUAAUGUCUGGUAUAAGCGCAUUGAUUCGUGGGCUAUAGGCGUCGGGAAGAAGGUCGAGCUGUUCAUGACGAAGAGCUGGUAG